UCACCCUCGGCCUCACCAUCAGCCUCAGCAUCAUCCUCCUCACCUUCGGCCUCGCCAUCAGCUAGAGCCACUGCCGCCUCCUCCUUGGCAGCAUCGGCCUCGUCUCCCUCCCCUUCAUCUUCCUCCUCUUCCCCUUCACCUGCUUCU